AUGCCGACGCGCCGCAAACACGCAGCUCACGACCGUCGUGCUUCGUCGGCUGCGCAUGGCACGCAGCCGUCCAGCUCGUGGGCUGACGAUUCGUGGCGCGUCGUGCUGGAACUGAAAAAGUCCAAACUCGACAUUGAACGCGCCCAGGAGGUUCAGCGAAAGCAAGACAUGGUCGCUGCUGCCCGCAAGCAGCGCCUGUUGGCUGCGGCGUCGAAAGUGCGCACCCAGGCCAAGAUCGACAAGCAAACGAAGAAAUUGGUCGUCGAAGCGACGUGCGACGCCAUCGAGUACCACAAAGUGCUGGACAACGUCGAGCGUCAAACCAAGGUGAAAUACAUCCGCCACUUGCGCGAACACGAGCGGACGACGCGAUUUCUACGCACGGGGCACCGACACAAAUGGACCAAAGGCGCGUGGUUGGGCCCAGGGCCGCACCCCACCACCGUGUACGCGACCCCUCCAACCGUCAUCCCGUUUGUCUACGACGUCCACGGGCGCCGCCACGAGGUGGACCGUGCCGCCGACGUCGCGUCGCAGAGUCUUUUUGACGCCGCCAUGACCAAGAUCCAGCGGGAAGCAGCCAAGGCCGGCAAGCACUUGGUCGCGUACUUUCAGCGGUACGACGCUGACCGCAGCGGCACGUUGACGGUCGAGGAAUUCCGCGCGGCACUCGCCGAUUUGCACGUGGCCGUGACCGGCGAUCAAGUGGACGAGUUGUUUGCGUAUUUUGACCGGAAUCACACCGGGGCCAUCGAUUACGGCGAAUUUUUGUGGUGCUUUUUCAACCGACGCGCGUACAUGAAGCAGUGGAAGGCGACGACCUCGCGCGUGUCUGUCUCGGCGCUCAAGCAAGUGUUUUACAAGCACGACAGUCGGCGCAAGGGCGCGAUCACAUCGCGGGAUUUUCUCGUUGCCAUGAAAGAGCUCGGGUUUGCGUUUUCCCCCAUGGACGAAGCGCUGAUCGUGCACAAGUUUGACGCAAACAGCGACGGAUUCAUCGACUUUGACGAGUUCUACGAGGCAUUCACUCAAACACACGAGGCAACAGCAGUCGAGAAAGCCCCCACACAGCUAAAACGACACGCAUCCGCCACGACUGGCGGCCGGACAAAGGACGCCUCGAUCAUGUCCCAGCUAGACGAUCUUGUCCAAGUGCAGAGCCGCAUUCACAACAUGCUGAAGCUUUAG